UGCGUGAGUCAUUCACUGUGUUUCACUAUGUUCGUUACAGUGUUUAUAGUGUUGUCUUUAGGUGGAUACAGUACGUGUUUGGGAAAAGGAUUUGACUAUGAAGUCUGUGAAAACUGGAAACGAUUUGGGAUGUCUUGCUACUUGCCAGUAAACCGUUUAACUACACAUUCAGUUGCUGAUGCUAACUGUCGUCAACUACAUGCUUUCCUUGCCGAGAUUGACACAGAAAUGGAACAGAAAUUCAUAUUUGAUCAGUUUAUGAGUAAACUAGAACCGAAGACAGGAGUAUGGAUUGGCCUUAUUAAUACGAGUGAACUAGGCUGGACAUGGAACAGAGGGAAAGUAUUGGCAGGUUACAAAGGUUGGGGAUUCGACGAGCCGAACAACUUCAUGAAUAAAGGAGAGACAUGUGCUGAGAUGAGGUAUUGGGACGGCAAGUGGAAUGAUAUUGUAUGCRAAAGCCGUAUACCUUACAUUUGUGAAAAGGAAAUCAAGGUAAGACAGACCAGCACCAUGGCUACCGACGUUAAUAAAAUUGAUUGGUCAUUAAAUGGUCAAGUAAUACAAACCAUCAAUGUAUCAGGAGUGUUGGAUUGCUACGGAAAAUGUCAAGCUAUUCCUGAAUGUCUUUCCUUUAAUUACGAAUAUUUAACAAAUAAUUCACUGAAAACGUGUGAGUUAAGCAAAUCAACAAGAGGCCUGGUAUCUAAAUUUUAUGUUAAGAGAAAAGGAUUUUCCUACUAUGAUUGAUARACCUUAUUCAAUAACAAGACGCGCACAAAAACAGACAAAAUGUGCUGCCUGAGUUUAAAAAAAAAACGGAGUAUACUUUCAUAGUCUCCCUUUCUUGCUUUGAAAAUACAAUUUUCGCUCAAACAGUCAUUUGUCAUUUAGCUUUAUAACCCGAUUUGUAGCCAGUGAUCGUGUGUUGGUUUGAGAAAUGAGGGCUUUUAGAUGAGAUUUGUACCUUAGACAUUGUAAUUAAAAGUUCAUUGUUAUAUAUUUUCUCCGUGGUCGAAAAAUAUUAGGGCAAUAAAGUCUGCUGAGAUAAAAUGCUGUAGUUUUCUGA